GUAGUCGUCAUCACUGACUGCCACGAGUAAACGGACCGCAGCACAACGUUGUCAGGGUAAAAAGAUAUUCCUCCGCGUGUAAAGGCAAAAUAUGCAGUCUCAACAGAAUAACCUCGUAAUGUCAUGAAUUUCACCACGUCUAUGUAUAAUAAUAAUGAUAUAGAUAAAUGCUUCAACUGAACAACACGUUAGAUAACAUUACUUUGAGUCAUUGACGACAUUAACAUUAGCUAGCUGGCUACAGAUGACAAGCCUAACGUUAGCCCUUUAUAGUUAAAACGAUGGAGGAGACUAGCUUAGAUAGCAACUAGCAAAAAAAACGGAAAGCAGAAUCACUAGCACAGUCACAUCACUACAUUAUUAAGACACAAUUAUUGCCAUUACCCAUGGUGUCCAAUGAACACUGGCAUAUCAGGUGGGAGUCUCAUGCAGAGGCACAGACAGUGAAGAAGUCCUCUAUUAUCAAGCUAACGUUACUGUACGCUGAUGACAAACUCUGGUAGCGAGUCCGCGCUUCUUCUUUCCUCACCAACCUCUGUGGGAUAUGUCAGUGUAUCCCUCCGCCUGCGGUAGAUGUGCUGAGGCUGGAGUAGCCACCAUUUUGCAUGUCUAGUGUGUUCCUCCCUCCAUUGCUAAUAGAGACGAUUCCAGUCAUUUUCUGGCAUCAUUACGGCUAAAAAUGCCAGCUCCGAUCAGGCUGCGGGAGCUGAUCCGAACUAUCCGGACAGCACGGACCCAGGCAGAGGAGCGUGAGAUGAUCCAGAAAGAGUGUGCUGCUAUCCGCUCGUCCUUUAGAGAGGAAGACAAUACAUACCGUUGCAGAAAUGUGGCAAAACUACUUUAUAUGCACAUGUUAGGCUACCCAGCGCACUUCGGUCAGCUGGAGUGCCUGAAGCUGAUUGCGUCCCAGAAGUUCACUGACAAACGAAUAGGUUAUUUGGGAGCUAUGCUGCUGUUGGACGAAAGGCAGGAUGUCCACCUACUAAUGACAAAUUGCAUUAAGAAUGACUUGAAUCACAGCACACAGUAUGUUCAGGGCCUGGCUUUGUGCACUCUUGGCUGCAUGGGUUCUUCAGAAAUGUGUCGUGACCUGGCUGGGGAGGUAGAGAAGCUGCUCAAAACAUCCAACUCCUAUUUGAGGAAAAAGGCGGCGUUGUGUGCAGUUCACGUCAUCAGGAAGGUUCCAGAACUUAUGGAAAUGUUCCUUCCAGCCACAAAAAACCUGCUGAGCGAGAAGAACCAUGGUGUUCUCCAUACAUCCGUCGUCCUCCUCACUGAGAUGUGUGAAAGAAGUCCUGACAUGCUAGCCCACUUCAGAAAGCUGGUUCCACAGUUGGUAAGAAUCCUGAAGAACCUAAUCAUGUCUGGAUACUCUCCUGAGCAUGAUGUGUCAGGCAUAAGCGACCCCUUCCUGCAGGUGCGGAUAUUGAGACUACUGAGAAUUUUAGGCAAGAGCGAUGAUGACUCCAGUGAAGCAAUGAAUGACAUUCUUGCGCAGGUUGCAACAAACACAGAGACGAGUAAAAAUGUAGGCAAUGCGAUUCUGUACGAGACUGUCCUGACCAUUAUGGACAUCAAGUCUGAAAGUGGACUGAGGGUCUUGGCCAUUAACAUACUGGGACGCUUCCUCCUCAACAAUGACAAAAAUAUCCGAUAUGUGGCAUUGACAUCUCUACUAAAGACGGUACAGACAGACCACAACGCAGUGCAGAGACAUCGGAGCACCAUUGUGGAUUGUUUAAAAGACCUGGAUGUGUCCAUCAAGAGACGUGCAAUGGAACUGAGCUUCGCCCUGGUGAAUGGAAACAACAUAAGAGGCAUGAUGAAAGAGCUCCUUUACUUCCUGGACUCCUGUGACCCUGAAUUCAAGGCCGACUGUGCAUCAGGAGUCUUUUUAGCUGCAGAAAAGUACGCCCCUUCAAAAAGAUGGCACAUAGACACCAUUAUGAGAGUCCUGACAACAGCAGGGAGCUAUGUGAGAGACGAUUCUGUUCCCAACCUCAUCCAGCUCAUCACCAACAGUGUGGAGAUGCACGCCUACACAGUACAGAGACUUUACAAAGCCUUGCUGGAUGACAUCUCCCAGCAACCUCUAGUGCAGGUGGCAUCCUGGUGCAUAGGAGAGUAUGGAGACCUGCUGGUGUCUGGGCAGUGCGAGGAGGAGGAGCCUAUUCAGGUGACUGAGGAUGAAGUUCUGGAUGUGCUGGAAGGCCUCCUGGUGUCCAACCUGUCCACACCUGUGACCCGGGGUUAUUCCCUAACUGCAAUCAUGAAGCUGUCCACACGCUUCAGCAGUGUCAACCGGAUCAAGAAGGUGGUUUCCAUAUAUGGCAGUAGCAUCGAUGUGGAGCUCCAGCAGAGAGCUGUGGAGUACAAUGCGCUUUUCAAGAAAUACGACCACAUGAGGCCAGCUCUGCUAGAACGAAUGCCCAUCAUGGAGAAGUCCGCUUCUAAUGGCCCCACAGAAAUAGUCCAGACAAAUGGGGAGACAGAGCCCUCUGUUGUUGAAGCAAAGCAUCUACCACCUGUCACCCAGCCAGCCAACCAGGCUAAUGAUUUAUUAGACCUGCUUGGUGGUAAUGAUGUGGGGCCAGUAAUCCAGACUACAAUGCCCACUAAGCCUGCCUCAGCUGGAGGAGAGCUGCUUGAUUUGCUGGGCGACCUCUCGCUAAGUGGCGGCCCACCCCCUGCUCCUGCUCCCUCUGUGCCCGCUUCCCAACCCUCUUUCCUCUUGGAUGGGCUCUCCUCACAGCCUCUCUUUAAUGAUAUUGCAACUGCAGCUAUUCCUCCUAUGACGGCAUACAACAAGAACGGUCUGAAAAUAGACUUCACAUUUGAGAGAGCUAAUCCCAAUCCAAACAUCGCGGUCAUCACCAUCCAUGCUUCCAACUCGGCAGAGGCAGAUAUGACAGACUUCGUUUUUCAGGCUGCAGUACCAAAGACAUUCCAGCUGCAGCUCCUCUCCCCUAGCAGUAAUGUUGUCCCAGCACUCAACCAGGGAACUGUCACACAGGUCAUCAGAGUCCUCAACCCACAGAAGCAACAGCUACGAAUGAGGAUCAAGCUGACGUACACCCUCAAAGGCUCACCUGUGCAAGACCUGUCUGAGGUUAAUAACUUCCCUCCUCAGUCCUGGCAGUGAUGAGCUGCUCCUGUUGCUCUUAAAAGCCCCCCACCAAGGGAACUAUGAAAACGAUUUUCCUUUCACCUCCUUCCUCUCUUCCAACGGAUCCCCCUGUGACGUCACUGCAGUCCGCUGCCCUCAAGUUGCAUGGGAAGCAAAAAAUACAGAUGUUACGAAGACCCUUUUGACCAUUGGAAUCACCAGAAUAAUUGGGAAAACAUAUCAAUCAAUGAACUUUUCUAAUUUCUUUCUCUUAAUUGGUUUCCAUUAACUCUUUGCUUACUUGUACAAUUUUCCACGUAACACCCUUUGCCCAGCACCAUUACCAACCCCACGAAAGCACAUAUGCACACCAUCCACUGUGGUGCACUUUACCUCUUAAGUCACUGUAGAGUAAAAGUGUGGCCACUAUGAGCACUGCAGUAACUUUAGUUUAUUGUCAUUCAUAAUUAAGCUGAAAUGCAGUUGAAACUAUUUGCUUCUUCGAUAUUUAUGAUUGGCUUUGCAUUCCUGUUUUUUUUAGUAUGAACCUUCAGUCUUUUGAUGGCAUCAAAAAAAAAGCUUUGAAAGGUCUAAUGAGUGACGAGAACUGAUGACACAACCCCCUUUUUGACCCCACAACAUGAUAUAUAACUUGUGAGAGUUGUAUUCAUUUUGAAUUACAUUAAUUUGCUUAAAGCAUGUUUGAGCAUUGUAAGGAUCACAGUCACACAUUGACUCAAGCUCUAAAGGGGAUAUUCUGGUUCAGGCAGUAGGCCUCUUCAUCCUAUUUUUUUUAUAGGAAGUAGUCUGUAUUUUUUUUCUGUCACAAUGAUAAGAUCAUAGACAGUUCCACAAAUCCCUGUCUGGCUACUUUUCCGAGAAUGUGCUCAGAUUUUUCCCGCACAGCUCUCUUAAAAUCAUCUCAUCUGUAGCUUUAGUUUAAGAUCUGUAUAAUAAACUCAACGGUUAAUUGCUUUUGCAAAGUUUGAGGCGGUGCGUUCAUUAAGGAUGGAAACAAUCCAGGGCUGAAAUUUAUCUGAAGAAGAGCCGAUUGCAUUUCUGUCUGAGAUGUGCAUUUGAACUUCUGCAUUUGUGUCCUCACAGUCUAGCUUGCAAUUUAGAUGACAUUUCAGAUUUGUUUAACCUGGUUGAAUUUUAGUCACCAUGCACAUAUAUGUACAUGAAGCUUGUUAUGAAUGUAGUUACAUGCACUGAAUGCUUUUUUCCCCUCAAGUCUGCUUUUUCAUGGCUGUCUACUUCGAUGGGGGCACCCGUCUUAUCGGCACUAUUUUUUGUGAAGUAUGUUUUAUUUCUGCAGUAGUUUGACUUAAUUAUUUAUGCCUGUUAUCAAAGUGAUGUGCCUUUCUGACUUAGCUAGAUAAAAGCCCCUGAACUAUGGAGUUCUGUAUGAGCUUCGUUUGUAAGUCUGCUUGUGUGUUUUCAGCCUGAGGGAAAUGGUCCUGAUGGAUUUGAAUUGGUAUAUCACUUCAUUUAACAAGUUUUACUUUCUCACUUCUUUCUCUCAUAAUGAGUUAAAGAUCAGUCACCUACUAAUACUGUCCCAUCUGGAUGUCUACAGCUUUGUAUUUUGUCUCAUUUCUGACAAAAAAAAACAUAAAUUAUAGCAACAUGAUCCUGAUUGUUUCUUUCAGACUUAACAUUCUCAACUCUUGUUGAAUGGUGUGAAUAAGAAGUCCUAAAUCAAAGCAAAUCUUAAAGGUUAUGGCAGCUAAUAGAUGUAAUCUUUUCUUAGGCUGGCAUCAAAUGUGUAUAAACAGUGCAAGAUUUCCACUGAAGUGAAAAAUCAUUAAGAUUCCUUCGCAUUAUUAAAUCGCAUUGAGAUCGGAUCACACGGUGAGGUACUGGGAUGGGUUGUUCUGUGGUGACUGUUAGUUUGAUUUCCUGGCUCUCGUCUUCUCCAAAUCAGAAUUCUGGCCAUGCUGUUGGGGACGGUAACCUGAAUACCUCACAAUGUUCUCUCUUUCUGUUCACUUUCAGUGUCAGUAGAUUGCCUGCUUUGUGCAGUCAUGAAUUGCAAUCAAGGGGAGCAUCUGCAUGAAAGAAACUAACGGUAGUUUGUACAUCUCAUUACUUAGCGAGCUUAGCAGCCCUGUGAUGCUGUGUUGAGAUCCUCAGAUGUUCAAUCAGGCUGUAUACUUCUUCUCUUUUCACUAUGCUUCACUAUCUUCUAACUUCUGUGACCAAAUCAGAGAACCUAUUAGCUUUGGAAAUAUUUUUGAGCUAUGAUAUGUGUAUAUGGAGAAAAUUAUUUCAGUUUAACUUUUUUUCUGUUUUUGACAAAUGCUAUAUUGGCUUUUGUUCUGUACAUAUUGAGGGCUUUUACAAGUUUGUCUCUUGUACUAUCUUUCAUCAUUUUUUUAGAUACCAUUUCUAAAAAUUCCAAUUAUUCACAUGUAUAUUGUCUAAAUAGAUCUAGUCGGCAUCAGUCUAUAAAGACUUCCCUGUAUCAUCACUCAUUCAUUGUAAAAGAUAUAUGAUCUGCUGCCUGUACAUUGUAUAUAGUUGUAAACAAACAAAAGCUGAUCAAAUUAAAUAAAACCCACAUGAAGACUUAAGAUUAGCUAGGAAGUAUAAUUGUAUGCAUAUGUACAAAAAAGAAUCUUAAAAGGAUGCAAUUGAAAUGCAUUUGAUUAACUUUUCGUCAUUUUUCAAUCAUGAUCGGAUGUGUCAUUUUUACCUCUUUUAACGAAGGUGGUUUGGUGAGUCAGCAGGUUACUAAUUGGGGUUUCUUAGGAUCUUGAAAUAAGGGUUGAAUCUGCCUGAACAGAUGUUUGAAUGAUUUACUGUACUACUGAGAAACCUAAGCACAGUGCUGCACAGCAGCAGAAGUGGCACCUUGCUUUGUCUGCUUCCAUGCCCCUCAAACCCCUCAUGUAUCCUCCCUCUCCUUCAGAGAAGAGCAGGUUUUCUUGCCAAGAUGUAAUGCUUCCUUUUGGCCUUAUGUGUGAUGGAGUGUUCAGCACUCUUGACAGUUUCAAUCAAUUAAACUCUCAUGAACCUACUAA